UACGAAUCAGUUGAUUCAACCAUCACUUUCAAAGGACAAGAGUCAGAACAAAGCGGUUAAUCCAAUGUUAUCGACUGGCAUCGUUAACCGGUUAUUGUUGCUUUACAAACGCAGACGACUGAAGACAAUUCAUCGUGCAAUCGUCCUUACAACGAGCCUCAUUGUACUCUACCAAUGUGCCAAUCACGACCUUAACCUCAAUACGAACGUCAGCCAAAUCAAGCCAAAAAAGGCAGUUAAAUCGAUCUUAAUUUGGAAUGCGCCGGAACGCGCGGAAGUCGUGGCGUUCGCCGGAGAUGGUCAUCACGAUGUUUUUCUCUCCUGUCCAAUAAAAGAAUGCCGGAUUUAUUUGGCAUCCGGUAACGCGUCGCUCGAAUAUUACGACGCCAUCGUCAUCAACUUUAACGAUCAAUUUCGAUUGACCGAACUUCCAAAUGUCCGUCGUCUGCCUCAUCAGAGAUAUAUCUUUUUCACUCAAGAACCUCCUCCGGCCUUAAAAGAAUACGAUUUCCAUCAAUAUGGUGGCUAUUUUAACUGGACAAUGACGUACAGGAAAGAUUCCGAUAUUUUGCUUUCUUACGGAUGCAUCCGCAAACGGACGACAUCGUUUGUCAGCAAGACAUCCAUCAAGAAGACGAAACUCGUGGCAUGGAUGGCCACUCAGUGCACCACUGACGGCCGUAGAGAGACUUACAUCCAGCAAUUGCGGAAUUACAUCAACAUCGAUGUUUACGGACUUUGCGGGAGAUUGUCCUGCGCCCGACAUCCGGUCUAUGUUUCACAUCCGCGUUGUUACGACAUGCUGGAAUCGACUUACAAAUUCUACUUGUCUUUCGAGAAUUCCAUCUGCCGCGAUUACGUCACGGAAAAAUUCUUUAAAAUCCUGGAACGUCGCAUUGUACCCGUCGUGUACGGCGGAGCUGAUUACGAAUCGAUUGCUCCGGCCGGAUCAUACAUUGAUGCCCGUCUUUACAGUCCUGCUCAGCUGGCCGAGUAUCUGAUGCGGAUCGAUGCAAAUGAUUCGUUGUACGAAGAGUUCUUCCGCUGGAAGAGAGAUUACUACGUCGAAGCCGGAGUGACGGCCAUGGCCCAUCGUGGCUUUUGUAGUCUUUGCAGCCGGUUACAUCUGGAUAGUACCGAAAAAUCCUACAACGAUUUGCCCAGUCUUUGGCAACAUCCCGGCCGUGAAUGUAAAUCCCCGUUGGUGAAUUAG